AUGCCCUCCAAGCCGUCUUUCGAUUCUCUUCCUCUCCGCAAGGAUGGGCCUCAUGGCAACGCCUGGGGUCUUUUCGGCGAUGACGAUGAAUGUGGCAUGCUCAACCUCCUGACUCCAGAGAUUGUCGCAAAAGCUGCGUCGGAGAUUCGCGAUGGGACGCGCGUGUCCACGGACUGGCCGCUUGAUCGUAUGUCGAAGCCUUGUUUCGGCCGCGCGCCUUUCGCGCAUACCAUCAAGACCAAAACUCCCCGUUCUGUCAACGACGACUCGUUGACGUUCAACACGCAGAGCAGCUCUCAAUGGGAUGGGUUCCGGCACUAUGCGUACCAGAAGGAGAAGCUAUGGUUCAACGGCAAGACACUUGACGAUCUCUUGAAAACCAGCGCUAUUGGCACACAAGCAUGGGUUGAGAAGGGAGGGAUUGUCGGUCGCGGAGUGCUCCUUGAUUAUGCUGCUUGGGCAGAUGCCAAGGGUAUAACCCCAGCUCUGUUCGAAACGACCCCAAUCCCCGUGUCAACUCUGAAAGAGGUGGCAGCCAGCCAAGGUACGACAUUUCAAGAAGGCGAUAUUCUAUUCAUCCGCACAGGUUGGGUUCGUGGGUACAACAAGCUCUCCGACAGCGAAUGCCAAGCGUUGGCAGACAAAACUUCUCCACCAGCAAUCGGAAUCGAGUCCUCGGAGGAGACUCUGCGAUGGCUAUGGGAUCAAUCCUUUUCAGCCGUUGCGGGUGACCACCCCAGCAUGGAGGCAUGGCCCUGCCAAAAUCCAGAUUUCUGGCUGCACGAGUGGCUCCUAGCAGGAUGGGGAAUGCCCAUUGGCGAACUCUUUGACUUGGAGCAGCUGAGUAAAGAAUGCAAGAAGCGAAACCGGUGGUCGUUCUUCUUCUCCAGCGUGCCUCUCAAGGUCCCUGGAGGUGUGGCCAGUCCUCCUAAUGGAGUGGCUAUCUUUUAG